CCCGCGGGCAGGUUCCAUAUUGGGUAAAAUCUCGGCUCGAGGAGAGGUCCGGGAGCUGUUCUCGCGAGAGCACGGCGGGAGGCUCCUGUUCGCUGGCUCUGGGAAAGGCGACCACUGGAAGCUCCGCGGGCGCUGCAGCUGGAGCUGUGACCCCGCCGCGCAGCCGGGAGUCGGCCGGGUGUGGAGAGAGCGCAGAGAGAGCUGGGCGGGGCGCCAGCCCAGGGCCCCGGAGCGUGCCCCGGCCCUUCGCAGUGCUUCCCCCGCCGUCGGUGAGGCGCGUCCAGCCGCUGCGGCUGACAGGGGCCGCGCGCGCGCGCGCGGGCUUCUUCAGGGUCGCCGCAGCCGCACCUGCGCGGGCGGCCAGCGCAGGGGUCCCCGCCCGGCCGGGCGGGCUACGAGGUCAGGGGAAGCGGGUGCGGGUGCAGGCGGGGCCCCGCAAGGGCCACCUCCUCGCCCCGCGGCCACCGCUGGAAGAUGUCUCAGGAGAGGCCCACGUUCUACCGGCAGGAGCUGAACAAGACCAUCUGGGAGGUGCCCGAGCGUUACCAGAACCUGUCCCCGGUGGGCUCCGGCGCCUAUGGCUCCGUGUGUGCUGCUUUUGACACAAAAACUGGGUUACGUGUCGCAGUAAAGAAGCUAUCCAGACCAUUUCAGUCCAUUAUUCAUGCCAAAAGAACCUACAGAGAACUGCGGUUACUUAAACAUAUGAAGCAUGAAAAUGUGAUUGGUCUGUUGGAUGUUUUCACACCUGCGAGGUCUCUGGAGGAAUUCAAUGAUGUGUACCUGGUGACCCACCUCAUGGGAGCAGAUCUGAACAACAUCGUGAAAUGUCAGAAGCUUACAGAUGACCACGUUCAGUUCCUUAUCUACCAGAUUCUCAGAGGUCUCAAGUAUAUACAUUCAGCCGACAUAAUUCACAGGGACCUAAAACCUAGUAAUCUAGCUGUGAAUGAAGACUGUGAGCUGAAGAUCUUGGAUUUCGGACUGGCUCGACACACAGAUGAUGAAAUGACAGGCUAUGUGGCCACCAGGUGGUACAGGGCUCCUGAGAUCAUGCUCAACUGGAUGCAUUACAACCAGACAGUUGAUAUUUGGUCAGUGGGAUGCAUAAUGGCCGAGCUGUUGACUGGAAGAACGUUGUUUCCUGGUACAGACCAUAUUGAUCAGUUGAAGCUCAUUUUAAGACUCGUUGGAACCCCAGGGGCUGAGCUUUUGAAGAAAAUCUCCUCAGAGUCUGCAAGAAACUACAUUCAGUCUUUGACCCAGAUGCCGAAGAUGAACUUUGCAAAUGUAUUUAUUGGUGCCAAUCCCUUGGCUGUCGACCUGCUGGAGAAGAUGCUUGUAUUGGACUCAGAUAAGAGAAUUACAGCGGCGCAGGCCCUUGCGCACGCCUACUUUGCCCAGUACCACGAUCCUGAUGACGAGCCAGUGGCUGAUCCUUACGACCAGUCUUUCGAAAGCAGGGACCUCCUUAUAGACGAAUGGAAAAGUCUGACCUAUGAUGAAGUCAUCAGCUUUGUGCCGCCACCCCUUGACCAAGAAGAGAUGGAGUCUUGAGUGUCUGGUUUCUAUUCUGUUGAUCCCACUUCACUGUGAGGGGAAGGCCUUUUCAUGAGAACUCUCAAAAUAUCUUUCAAGUGCCUCUUGUUGCAAAGAUUUCCUCCGUGGUGGAAGGGGUGUGUGUGUGUGUGUGCGCGCGCGUGCGUGUGUGUGUGUCUGACUUUGUGGGAGGGUAAAACAUGAUGAGCAAACUAUCACAGUGACUCUGUGUGGAGUGACAGAUGCUCCGUGGUGGCCUCUGCUUGCUCUUGUUCGUGAGAGGCCGCGAGGCAGGCAAGAGCGGCCACCUUGUAUGGUUUGUUAAAAGCAAAGUAAAAAAAUAUUAAACAUCCCAGACCCUGGUCAUGCUUUUGCCAUCUUGGCCUCUCCUGUGGCCCCGCCUUGAUGCUGAGGGUCGGCUUUGGCCACAUCCCACGGCGGCAGAGAGAGAAGGCUCACACCUCCUGGCUGCUUCACAUGGGCGCCGUCCCUCAUUCUCUGUCAGCCGAAAAGGACCAGCCGGCUCCUGUGCACUAGGCUGUGACUAACUUGCUCAGUGUGGUUCUCGGAACUCAACAGGUAUACCUGAAACCAUUAAAUAUGUUCGUGCCUUAAAAGGAGAGGAGAGAGUGCGGUUAAGAGAGUGCAGCAGAUGAAGUUCUGAGCCAGGCAAGUAGUCAGGAUGUCGGGCGGCCACGUGUGAACCCAGAGUAGCCAGGGCGCCUUCGGAGGCACCACGUGUGCGUGUGUGAGCAUGCGUGUAUGUGCUUCCCUCUCUUCCUCCCUCGCCCCGCCCCCAGGUGUCGUUGCCAUUCCUCUGCAUACCCCGCCUUCAGUGCAGAGAUUUCUUAAGUACUGGCCUCAGUAGUCAGAACCUGGUUGCUGCUGUCAGCGUGCCUCCUGUGUGCUCUUCAUUCCUAGCAGAGUGACGAUCUGUUUUGCACGUCUUGCUAUUUGAGCAUGCACAGCUGCUUGUCCUGUUCUCUUUGGGAGGCCCUGGUGCCAGGCAGGUUUGCCAGUGAAGACCUUACGGGUAGUUCCGAACCCAUGUCACCUCGGCUGAUGCUAAGGGCAGGUGACAUCAUCCUCUCUUGAGCCCCCAGUACUAUUUUGUGUUGAACACCAGUGAUAACUCCAGGUGCUUUUGAUGUGAAAACUAUGAAGAAACGGAACAGAUGGAUGUAUAGCAUUUCCAUUCUUGCCAUCUGGUUUUCAACAAACUAUUUUUGGGGAGCCGUCAACCAGGAAAGAUCAGGGUUUGUCCCAGGAAUAUUUUAAGACUUUGGAAAACAAGUCAUUCUCUUCACUCCUAGUAACCAAUGCUAAGACAUGCUGAAAAUCAAAGUGAAAAAUAAAAGCUCAUGAGGCCAGAAACUCCUUUUGCUAUCUUUGUCUAAAUAUGAUUAUUUUUUAAAAAGUGAUGAGGUAUCUUUUCCACCCUUCUUUGGAAAAGGGUCUUCUUGGCAGCUCAACAUUGACUUCCUGGUCUUGGUUUGGGGAGAAAUAAAUUUUGUUUCAGAAUUUUCUAUAUGGCAGGAAUCCUUUGAGAAUGUGAUUCCUUUUGAUGGGGAGAAAGGGCAAAUUAUUUUAAUAUUUUGUAUUUUCAACUUUAUAAAGAUGAAAUAUCCUCAGGGGUGGAGAAGAGUUGCUUUCAUAAUUUUCUGAAUUUCAGGCACCUUGUGAUAGCAUAAGGGCCCAUAUAUUUAAGCCUUUUGUGAAAGAAGAAGGUGUAGAUCCACCUCCAGUGUUGGCUGUGUGACAGAAUCUCAUAUUUGGGCCGAGAUGUUUCCAUUUCUCACACAGCACUGCCUGCACUCCAGAGGGACAGGGUAGGACCCCCAAGUCAACUGGAGCAAGAAGGAAGGAGGCAGCUGAUGGUGGUCACACCUCACCCAAGAUCUGCCCCCUCUUUAAAGGAAAAUGAACACAAAGUCCUCAUCUCCUUUAUAUGCAGUUCAAAUCCUCAUGAUCCACAGCAAGAUGAACUUUAUCAGCCAUGUUUUGUUGUAAAUGCUAGUGUGAUUUCCUACAGAAAUACUGCUCUGAAUAUUUUUUUUCAUAAAGGUCUUUGCACAUGAGACCAUAUACAUGUUAAGAGGCUGAAUGUGCCAGGAGCCCGGACUCAGCUGGAGGAGCCUGUGGAAGAAGAGCUCCUUGUUUUCUGAGCGCAGUGCUCCCAUCUCCUGAUUUCUCUGAACAGGAAACGAAAGAGAGAAUGAAGGAAAAUGCCGUCUUAUUUGUAUUCAUGAACUUGGCUGUAAUCAGUUAUGCCAUAUAGGAUGUCAUACAAUACCACUGGUUAAAAUAAAGCCUAUUUUUCAAAUUUA